AUGCCCGUCUCCAAGAUCCGAACAAAAGUCAGACAAGAGUUCGAGAAGCACAGAUAUGUCAACAACCUACAAGCAGUGGAUGUCCUGCUCACGCAGAGCCAUGCAGAAUUUCAAGUGGGUGGACACCAAGAUAUGGCUGCUCACAAGCGUACAAAUACUGACAAAUGGGCGACUUAUUAG